AUGGGCGAUGACUUGGAGAGUUACACCACAUCGCUCAAGUCAACAGUGUUAAACUAUCGGUUCGAAAAUGGACGGAGAUACCACGCAUUCCAAGAUGAUGAGGGAAAAUAUAUGUUCCCCAACGACGACGAAGAGAGCGACAGACUUGAUCUGUACCAUCACAUUGAAACACUCAGUCUGGGCGGAGAGCUUCAUCUAGCUCCGAUCGGAGACCAUCCUGGGAGGAUCUUAGACUUGGGAACUGGCACUGGAAUAUGGGCAAUCGAUAUGGGUACUCCCAAGUACCCUGGAGCAGAAAUUCUAGGAAACGAUAUCAGUCCCAUACAACCCACCCUUGUGCCUCCAAAUGUCAAGUUCGAGGUGGACGAUAUCGAGAAUGACUGGGUCUACACCUCAAAAUUCGAUUUCAUACACGCCCGAUACCUUGCAUGCUCCAUCCGCGAUUGGCCCAAGUUGAUGAGCCAAGCAUACAAAUUCACCAAACCCGGCGGCUGGGUCGAAUUCCAAGACUACGACCUCAACUUCUACACGACGACCGGCACCUACAAACCCGACAGCGCGCUCGGCCUCUGGGCGCAGAAAAUCGACGAGUCCGUCUCCAAAUACGGCAUCGAGCCCUCUCCGGGCCCAAAACUCGAGCAAUGGGUCAAGGACGCCGGGUUCGUCAACGUGGUCGCCAAAGUCUUCCCCUUACCGAUGGGGACAUGGCCCAAGGAUGCGAGGCUCAAGGAGAUUGGCGCGUUCAAUUUGAUUUCCGUGCUGGAUAAUUUGGAGGGCGUCACGUUGAGGGCGUUUACGACGGCGCAUGGAUGGUCGCCUGAGGAGGUCAAGGUGCUGUGUGCGAAGGUGAGGACGACGAUUAAGGAGAAGUCGGCGAGGAUACAGCAUAAUUUCUAUGUCGUGUAUGGCCAGAAACCGGAAAAUGCGGCAGGCUGAAUCGUGAUGCCACAAAAGUAACGGUCCCAGUCUGUUUCAUUUCCAUAGAUCGCAUACAGACUUUUCAUGAGCAGAAGAACAUUCAUGUAACGAGAAAACGAACCAAUUAAUGCGACGGCUAGGUCGUCAGUUUCUCCAUCACAGUACACCAGUGCUCGUUAGGGCAUCCAUUCGGGUUCACGUCCCGAAAACUGCGCGGAUGUUCAUCUAUAGUGUUCGUUCACGCACAGAGGGCCCGAUGGAAUCUGAAUUCUCAGCUACGGAAUGAGUUGUAUAAACGUAAAGAAACAUAUAACUAUGUCAACGUAUUGCAAGCCGGUAGUUUCUUCUCCAUGUCUU